GUAAUCUUUCAGACAGUCCUUAACAUUGGCUUUAAAAGCACUUGUCAUCUAAACUUCGCACUCAAAAAGCACUCUUACUAUGAAAUAGCGGUUGAAGGACAUCGUGGCGUGAAGCGCACCCACACCAAACCCUAAAGAAGAAGACGCUUCGUAGCCUAGUAGACUGGAUAAAUAUUUUCAGACGUUUAAGUUUCUCUGGCAGGCCGGUCCGACCUGCAUUUAGAAUCCGGCGACAUCUGAUCUAACCGCUACGUGCCGCGUGCGCACCCACGCACCUAGAUCCCUGGUUGUUUCUCGGUAAAGUAAGUUGUGAUGACCCUGUCUGGUGGCAACAGUGCCAACGACAUGUCCGGUCAGACAGUGCUCACUGCCGAGGAUGUGGAUAUCGACGUGGUUGGCGAAUGCGAUGAGGGAAUGGAGCGGGACAGCGACUGCGACAGCCAGGGAGGCAUGCACGACCGCUCCGAGGAGGUGGAGGAGAUAGAAGUGAAGGAGAGGUCCGGGAGUCCCUGCGAGAGCGCCGGGGAGGGAGAGACCAAAGCAGACGGCACGGAAAGCGCGUCUGGUUCCAUAAGCAGCAAGCCAAAAAACAGCCUGGUGAAGCCACCCUACUCCUACAUCGCACUUAUCACCAUGUCUAUACUCCAGAGCCCACAGAAGAAACUCACACUCAGCGGGAUCUGCGAGUUUAUCAGCAGCCGGUUCCCGUAUUACCGGGAGAAGUUUCCAGCCUGGCAGAACUCCAUCCGUCACAACCUGUCGCUGAACGACUGCUUCGUGAAAAUCCCCCGGGAGCCGGGCAACCCUGGCAAAGGCAACUACUGGACCCUGGACCCACAAUCGGAAGAUAUGUUUGACAACGGCAGCUUCCUCCGGAGGAGGAAACGUUUCAAGAGGCACCAGCCAGAUAUUCUCAGGGACCAGACAGCCCUCAUGAUGCAAAGUUUUGGGGCUUACAGUAUUGGGAAUCCUUACGGACGUCACUAUGGAAUUCACCCAGCCUACACCCAUCCAGCGGGGAUGUACCCUUACAUGCACCCGGUAGGUCCCAUGCUCCCCCCGACUGUCCCUCUUUUGUCCUCCGCUGAGCUGAACAGAAAAGCAUUCAACUCCCAGCUCAGCCCCAGCCUUCAGAUGCAGCUUAACAGCCUUAGCACAGCGUCUAUGAUCAAGUCCGAGCCCUCCAGUAGACCGUCUUUCAGUAUAGAAAACAUCAUCGGGGUAUCCACGUCCUCGAGUGCACAGACUUUCAUGCGGCCUCCGGUGACUGUUCAGUCUGCGUUGUUGAGCGCACAUGGCCUAACCAGGACAACAGCAGCUAUUGCACCAAUUCUUAGCAUGCCAUCUAAUAUCAUGUCGGGACAGUUUUUACCCUCAGUAACGUCAGCAGUGUCCAAAUGGCCUUCUCAAUAAAAUACUUACAUUUUUCUAGAGACUUGGAGGGACUGUAUACAGCACGAUAUAAGCAGCACUGGACUCUGGCGUCCGUCAAUCUGUAGCCAUGUAAAAACAACAAAAAAGAGAGAAACGGAAUGCUUUUUGUACAGGUAAUAUUUGUACAUAUUUGUAAAAAAUAAAGAAUUUGACUUGUUUGACCUUUUACCUAUUUUCUCUUUGGUGUUUGAACUGUACAACAGUUGUAGUUAUACGAGAGUUCCUGAUAUUAUUUUCUAUUUUCUUUUGUAUGGGAGCUCACUGUUAGUUCAAAAUGAUCAACUAUUUUGCUUUGAUUUUUCAUACGAGAUACAACAUGUUCUUAUUCUAAGUCUGGACAAAUAGUCUGUCUAUAAAUUCAAAUAUAUGUAUUCUAUGUAGCUCUAUUGUGUUGUAAAAUGGAUUCAUUUGUUAAUAAAUCCACCAAAAAAUAAGCAUUAACAGUAUUAUUUUUUCUUUAUGUAGUUUUUGAAUGAUCUGAUAUAUAUCUGCUGUGUGAUAAUUACUAUUGAACCGUCUCUAAUUUAAACCAUUUUAAUAGUUGGAAAUAAUCUGAAAGUAGACUUGGAUAUGAUAAACUAUCAGUAUGGAUUUGUAAGCAAAUAGCCUAGAUAAAAAUGUAAACAUAUUUAACAAUUAAAACAGAUUGCAAACCGGUGCAUUUAAUUGAAGGCCAAUAAUUAAGGUAGGCCUCUAUCCUUUCAAUAUUUCUACUGCCAUGCUUAUGAUAAUUAGGUGAGAGGGUCGUAACGUGUUUAUUACCGCGAGCAAGUAAUAAAUGAGUAACUUAAAACACAGGUAAUUAGCUAAAGUUAAAAUUUAAUAUCGAUAUAAAAUAUGCCUAUUGAUAUUACAAAUGAGGAAAUAUUUAAUUUAAUAUCCCUUCAUUAUCAAUAUCAAUUUACAGUUAGGCCUAAAUUCAACUGUCUUUAAAAGUAGUUUGUGGCUUGUUAUUAUGAUAUCAUCUUAGAAUUUCGCAUGACAAUAACUAUACCAUUAUAGCCUAUUUGUGGUAGUGCCUUAUGAUGGCUUAUUUACAGAUGUGAAAACAAUUAAAUAUAUUUGAACAGGAAUAGAAUAUAGGCCUAAACACAAAUCAGAAAUUAGGCUACUCUGAUGUCUUGAAAUGAUAAGACCACAGAACGCUCGAUUCAACAUUCUGCCUCCUUGUCACUACCUGGGGCGGAAGGUAGCCUAGUCGUUAGAGCGUUGGGCGAGUAACGGAAAUGUUGCAAGAUCGAAUCCCCGAGCUGACAAGGUAAAAAACUCACUAUUUCUAGGCCGUCGUUGAAAAUAAGAAUUUGUUCUUAAAAUUGACUUCCCUAGGUAUAUUUAGGUAAAACUUGAAACAAACAUAGAAGCAUUAGACCCGGUUUGCAAAAGAUGUUGGUGUCUCAAAAUAGUAAAAUACUAUAUUAUCAAAUAAGUUGUUUCUAAUGUUUUCACUGACAUUAUUAACUUGAAAAUGAAACUGGAUUUCAUAAUGAGAAAGCUUAUGCAGUGCAGAUGUCGAGACAUUAAGGUGUCCUAUUACAAGAGAAACUAAGAAGAUAUAAACAUGUCUGCAUG